AUGGCGCAAGACAGCUCUUCAAAUGGGCCUAUGCUAGGGAAUCAUAUGCGCAAUCGCACUAAAUUCACCAAAGAGCAGCUGACAAUCCUCAUCAACACCUUUAACCAAAAGCCAUACUCACAUUAUGCUACCAGACAAAGACUUGCUUUGGAAAUCAACGUUGAAGAGUCAAGAAUCCAGGUUUGGUUUCAGAAUCGCAGAGCUAGAUCCUUCUUUCUGGAAGGACGAAAACUUAAGGAGGCCCUGCAAUCCAGGCAAGGCCCAGGGAAAGAUUUCCUUCUAGAAGGGACUCUGAAUAAAAAGAUUCGAGGGCCCCACACCACCUACAGCCCCUCUCAGCUGUGCACCCUCUUCAAGGCCUUCAAGAAAAACCCCUACCCUGGGAUCCAUUGCAGAGAACAGCUUGCUAAGAAAAUUGGAGUUCCUGAGUCGAGAGUUCAAACUUGGUUUCAAAACAGAAGAUCUAGAUUACGUGUGAAGAUCAAAAAAGAACCCGAUGAAUCCUUCCAACAAGUCAAGGCUUAUGAAAGUCCUGAGGAGUGA